AUGAAUUCGUAUCUGUUGAAUAGAUCCCAAGGAUCUGUCAGCUCCUCCGCGUUCCAUGUGGCCCACAAUGCCCACCUCAUCCGGUCAAUUGAGCCUGCGCCGGGUCUCAGGUUUUCUAGCCACCCCGCAGCUCCUGCUCUGAACCAGGGAGAAAGUGAACCGACGGAGGAUGGCUGGAAGGGUGAGGAACAAGACGAGCUUCGGGCCCAUAAAGCAGGCGUAAAUGUUCUGACAAUCGAUCAAUAUGAAAAGCGCUUCAUGGUCUCUGGUGGAGCGGAUGCGUCUGUCCAUCUCUGGGAUUUGGAGACUCGUGGAUCCGAGUCAAGCCAUCUUUAUAAAUCCAUUGCUUCAGUGACAAAAAGGGCUCAUCGCCUCUCUAGAUCAACAGACCCAUCGGCACAUACACACGCAUUAACUUCCAUUUCGAUAUAUCCCUUCGACCCGACUCCGUCAACCAUAUUAACUACUUCCCAUGACACCACUCUAAAGUUAUCUUCGCUUCAAGCUCCUACGAUAGUCCCAGUCUAUACAUUUUCACUCCACUCAACUCCGUACUCACAUUCAUUCUCGUCGCAUCCAUCGUCGCUACUUUUGACUGCUGUAGGAACCUCAGAUAAAACCGUAAGGCUACUAGACCUUCGUUCCGGCCUUGCCACCCACGCUUUACCAGGCCAUAGUGCCGCUGUCCUAUCGGUUUCCUGGGCACCGCAUCAUGAGUAUCUGCUAGCAUCUGCCUCAAAUGAUAACCGAGUCAUCCUUUUUGAUGUCCGGCGAGGAGGACAUAAUUCCGCCCUUGCUUCGCUGGAUAUGGAUGAUGCAGUCGGCGUAAUUGCCCCGCACGAUGCGCCCUCUUCCUUCUCCUGCCGUAAUCCAUUUGUGCCUGGCGCCCGUGCACAUAACGGGGCAGUGACGGGCGUGCGAUGGACAUCAAAUGGCUCCCACAUAAUCACUUCAGGCCAUGACGCCCGCAUUCGAGUCUGGGACGCUUCCACAGGCGCAAAUUCGCUGGUCCAUUUUGGCCCGCGCAUCCGCAAUAGUUCCUCGCUGCAUCUCGCUGAAAGGGCACCACUAGUUUUACCCAGUGAUAUCACAGGUGCGGUGCUUGAUACACUACUAUGGCCGAACUACGGCGAUCAGGACGAUAGGGGGGAGAUCUUCAUGUUCGCGCUUCGGGAUGGUACAUUUAUCAAGCGCCUGAAUGUGCCCGGCGUACCGAGCUCACGGCAGAAGAUGCGAGGAAAGCCCACAGCUCUUAGCGCUGCGCGAAUAAAUGGCCUUGCAUGGCGCGGGAGCGGAGGGUCCGGCGAAGGGAUGGAGUUGUUUUCUGCCCAUGGAGAUGGGACGAUUAGGGCCUGGGUCUCCAGAACUGCGGAUGAGGAACAUGAGAUCGCCGAGGAGGAGGAGGAGAUGGAGGACAAGAAGAGGAAAAGAGAUGUUCUGGACGAGGUGUACCGUGGCUUGAUGAACCGGAAUGUCACUUUCACUUGA